GCGAGGCGGGGCGGCGCGGCGGCGCGUAGCGGUUACUCAGGGCGGGCAGUUCAAACUGAAGGAGGGAAUCUCGGCGGCCCCACGCGAACGUGGCGUGGGGGUUGCCAUAGCCGGGCAUCCCUGGGGGCGAGGCGGCGGCUCCUGCCUGACGCACCCAGCGGCGGCUGCCUGUCUCCCCUCCCGCCUGGCCCCGCGGCCCGGUCGGUGCGGGCGCGCCUCGGUCUCCAGGUGGGCGGGAGUGGGGGGCCCAGGUGUGUGCCCGCUAGCGGGCCUCUGGUCGUCCGCCGGCCCGGGGCCCACUUUGCUUUCUAGGUGCUGGGACUAGAGAGGGGCCCCGAAGCCGGCCUCUUGCCCGCUCGCUCCGCUCCUGGUGACGCCCACCCGCCCUCGGCCUCUCGGUGGCGUUCUGGGCCCUGAGCCGUGGCGGCGGAACCGAGGCGACCCCGGGCCGCCGCCAGCCUGGCCUUGGGAAGGUCGGGGAGGGACGAGCGGGGCCAAAGGACGCCCUGGUGAGACCGUUAACCACCCACCCGCCGAUAGCACCUUGGGGAAGUCAAUGACAGCGCUGCGGCUUACACUGCAUUUUCAAAAACCCGAUUUUGGGAAGAUUCCUCAGUUCCGAGACUAGCUGGAGAAAACCAGGAUAUUGAAAUUACUAUUAUUUGGAAAGCUGGAGGAAAUUCGAAGUGAUUUAGGCCUUUUCAUAUGUUAGAAAUAAUCCCUGCAGCGUGUGCUUUAUGUACCUUUCCGAUUUUAGCAGUCACGUGCUGCUGCACGUUUCUCUUUAAGUGGUAUUACUUUGGCAUGAAUUUUAAAGGCAGAGUGAAAGAUGUUCUUGUUUGGAAGCCCUCAUAACUGACAUCUAUGAGCUCAAGAUUUACUGAUGAAACAGAGCUUUUGAAGAUGUCAGAGAGACAUUUAGGUCAGACUUGCCCUGGAGCAGAAAAUGAGGUGGACUCUCCUGUCAGUUUCAUGUAUUCCAGCUUCAGAGGCUACUGUUCCACAUCUUCAUUUCAAGACAGUGGCUACAAUGAGUUGUUACAGCCUUGCAACGAUGAGAAUACAGGUGAAGAAUUAUUUGGAAAGAAAGGAAAAGGCCCACCAUUAAUCCAUGAACAUCCUGAAACUUCAGAUCUGGGCUUGACUCACUUGACUCAUCCUUUAGAAUCUCCAACUCAAAAAAAGAGAGGUGUCUUUUCUAGGAAGGAAAAGGAGAAAAGCCCCGAACUUUGUGAAACUCCUAAACUCAGUGGGAAAAAAUUUUUGCAGCGCAGAAGGUUGGACAUAUCUUUCUCUCUUCUAACAGGGGACUUUGAAUCACAAAAUAGUUCUCUAGAAAGUAGUAUGAACCAAGUUCUCAACUUAGAAAAAAAUAUUCCAAGCCAUGUUUCAGGUCUUCCACGGCAAAACAGUUUUAGUCCUUUAGUUACUAGUACUUUGAAGACAGAAGAAGCAACCUCUAGCAGUCAAAAACUGAGACUUAAUUUUUCUCAACAGAAGACUUCCACGGUUGAUGAUUCCAAAGAUGACUGUAGCCUGUUUGAAGUUGAAUGUCUAUCUCCGAUUCAGGGCAAUAGUUUUAGAGAUUCUAUCACAUAUGACCUUAGUGAUAGCAGUCUGUUUGUUAAUGAUGAGAAUACAUAUCCCAAACCUCUGGGCUCCUCUGUUAGUGCAACAACUUGUGGGACAGAUGAGGACAUACGUGUGACUCCAAUAAGUAAUCUUGUAGCAAACAUUAAAUUUAAUGCAAGUCAAAGGCUCUCCCCUUCAACUAAAGUGAGGGGCAAUAUUUCAACACCUGAAGACAGUGGUUUUAACUCACUUUGCUUGGAAAAAUCAGAAGAUUCCCUCUCUGACCAGGAGGGUUCUUUUCAAGAACUUCAGAAACAUAAGGGAACUGUCAGAGUGGGGAGCACCAUAAAAAAGUCAAGGCAUCUUAGAAGGCUGAGAAGAUUGUCCACCCUGGAGGAGCAUGGCUCACAAUCUGAGACAGAAGGGGAAAAGCAGACUGACCACUCUGACUCUAAAACAACACCAGCAGCUGCCUCAGACCACUCAGAGAGUCAGCUGAGCAGUGACACUAAGAUGUUAAGCUUUAAGAAUUUAUCAAAGACCCCAGCCUUGCAGUUAGUGCACGAGCUCUUCAUGAGAAACAAAAGAAAAAGAUUCCAGCAGAAUGGUGCACAUGAAUUCUUAGAAGAAAGGGAUGGGGGGCAAAUAGCCGUGCUACAGUGUGUACUUACAGGACUGAUUGGCAAGAAAAUGGGUAUAGAGAAACUGGACGUCUUAACAGAAUUAAAAUAUAGAAAUUUAAAGCAUAUUCUUGCUAUGGUUUUAGAUUCCUUGACUGCAGAAAGCCUAUUCAGUGUUUGGAAAGUAAGCAGAAAUUGGCGUGAAAUUAUUGUUCAAGAUAAAAACGCAAAUCGGAGGAGGAAAUUUUACAUCUCACAACUGAAAACAGAUUCUGAGUGUUUCUCUAUACAGAUCCCUGAUUCAUCUCCUAUUAUCCACCAGAACUGGAAAUCUCCUCUGUGUAAGUCCAAACAAAUCAGGUAUUCUUCCUGUUCCUUCUUGUCCCUAGAAACAUUCUUCCCGGUGCACUUUGCACUCCUGUUCUGAUAUGGACUAGUUGCUUUCCACUUGAGCUAUCCUAAUGUGUAUCGUUAACCCAAAAAGAAACAUUGUAAAACAAAGUUGUUUAAUGGUUUUCCUCAUACUUGUGUAAUAUCUCUGAAAGCUCCUUAUGUGUGAAAAUUGGAAGGCACACACCAGCUGUGUGUAUUAAGAUCACAAUUCUAUCUCUUUGCUUUGCAGCCAUAAGAAUGAACAUAAGAAUUGGGAUACCACACCUUUUCCAUCGCAUUUCUUAGUUUACUGUAUUCUUCACUGUUCUUUUAUAAUCAUGGAAAUGAACAACCACAUGGUGACUUCACUCUCACAUUUAAAUAUUUUCUGGCAACAUGAUGUGACUAUGUUUGAAAAAUUUUGGCAUUCACGAACAUGUGCCUUUGUUUACUGCUUUGCCUCCUUUUGUUCCGAGAUGGCAGCACACAUUUUAACUCGAGGAAGACAGGAGUUACACUGUUUUAUUCACUUGGUAACUUUAGGAGUUCUAGAUAUAUUUAUUAAAUAAAUGAAUGUUUAAUCUGUGGCUGAAAUGUGUUUCAACAAUGUAUCUCUCUUCAUUUUUUUAAAAUUUAUGCACAUUGUGUUUACCAACUGCAUCAAAAUUUGUCAGAAUUUUGGUGUGCUCCAGUGUUGUGUGCUUGUGGCCUAGGCUGCAAAUUAUUUAUACAAAUGUACUAUAAAACGAUGCAUCGAGUCCUUGAAAAAGCUCAGUUGUAUUCAUUUUAAUUUCAGAAAAUGAAUAUUUAUCCUUCACACUUAUGUAUAUGUUGUUAAACUUAAUCACGGAAUUUUUCAUGAUCAGCUAACCUUAUUUCCUAUACUUAUCCUACUAUAAUUUCUCAUAUUUUCACUCUUCUCACUGUUAGGAGCCAAUUGUGAGAAAGGGAGACAAUUAAGGGAGAAGAAACACAAUUUUAGCUAGACACACGAGGAGCUUCACAUUGUAUUUUGAUAAUUGGUUAAGAAUGCCAGUUAUCAACCUUCACAAAAUAGAAGGCUUAUUGAAAAUAUUUCUUGGCUGAAUAUUGAAGUAAUAUGGAAAUCCGGUUCAGAUAAGAGGUACCUUUUUUCCUCCUUGUUUAAAAUGUAAGUGUAAAAAUGACUCCAGUAUUUACAUGUAAAAACUAGCCAAGCCAAUGGGAUUUCAUGGUAUAACCAGGCCCAUUUUUUUUCUGAUGUGUGGCUAAGGUAAGAAACCUUCAGAGAAUUCCAUGAUAUCCCGUGGCAAACUUGAAAAAGAUUCACCUCUUCUUAAACCUUGGCUUAAGACAAGGGCUGUCAAACGCCAGUCUGUGGGCCAAAUCCUGUCCGUCACUUCUGCUUUUAAAGUCAGUUGCAUUGGAACAUAGCCUUGCUCUUUCAUUUACAUAUCUCUACAGCUGCUUUUGCUAAAAUGGCAGUUGAGUAGCUGUGACUAUCUGGCCUGCAAAAUGUAAAAUAUAUACCAUCUGGCCCUUUUCAGGAAAAGUUUGCCAACCCAUGCCUUAAAGAGAAAAAUAA